UCUUUUUUAGACUCAGAUCUGGUUUUUCAGGCCGUGGAAUCGAGUCAUCAGGAGAGCUGUGGACCGAUCCAUCAAACUUAGUGUGCAGGCCCUGAAGAGAAGAGAGGAAUGACACAGAGCGGAGCUCUACAGAGAGGACACAGAGCUGCUGAAGAUGAAGGUAGAAGGUGUGUGUGAGCUGUGAAUCCAGCAGCAUGGAUCAGUGUGAGGACAGAGAGGAGGGAGUCCUUCCCUCUAAAACCUCCCCGAGGGGAAAACCUGAGAGUCGGAGAGAAGAAGAGAGGAGACGACCUGGACCUAGACCUGGACCUGGACCUGGAUCUGAACCUGGUCCUGGACCUGGACCUGAACCUGGACCUGGACCUGGACCUGGACCUGGACCAGGACCUGGACCUGAACCCAGCUGUGUGUCCUUGAAAAGUGACAAAUCAUUGGAUUUCUUGUGGAAUUUUAAAGAUACCCGACGUUCUCCCUCAGUGAGGAGACGACAUGGACCUGGACCCAGUUCGUCUUCAAAGAGUGACCAAUCAGAGGGUUGUUUAAUUCCCUCUAAAAUAUGCAGACGUUCUGCUUCAGAGAGAUGUUCUGAUCGACCGGGUCGAAUGCAGCAUUUUGGACCUGGACCUGGACCUGGACCUGGACCUGGACCUGGACCUGGACCUGGACCCAGCUGUGUGUCCUUAAAGAGUGACAGAUCAAAUAUUUUAAUUAUUAAUUUUAAAGAUGCUCCUGGUUCUCCUUCAGAGAGAGUGGACCAGCAGUUCUCAGAGUCCCCCAGUGGUACGUCUGUCCAGCAGCAUCAGACCCAGCUGGACUCCAUCUUUCAGCUGCUGGAGGACGACAUCGUCAUGUUUGUGAAGGACGAGCUGAAGAAGAUCCAGAAGGUUCUGAGUUCAGAUUGCCCAGAAUCCUCAGAGAGUCUGGAGGAGGAUGAAGAUGAAGAGCAGAAGAGCAUCAGAGAGACAUUUAUGAAGAUUACAGUGAAGUUCUUGAGGAGGAGGAAGCAGGAAAAGCUGGCUGACCUCCUGCAGAGCAAUACCGUUGCUGCCGUUUGUCAAUCCAAACUUAAAAGUCAGCUGCAGAAGAAGUACCAGCAUGUGUCGGAGGGGAUCAUUAAAGCAGGAAAGACAACUCUUCUGGAGCAGAUCUACACGGAGCUCUACAUCACAGAGGGAGGGACCGGAGAGGUCAAUAAGGAACAUGAAGUCAGACAGAUUGAAGCAGCUUCCAGGAAACCAGACGGAGCAGAAACAGCCAUCAGACAGGAAGACAUCUUUAAACCCCCAACUGGAAGAGGAGGACCAAUCAGAACGGUGAUGACGAAGGGAGUGGCCGGCAUCGGGAAAACAGUGUUAACACAGAAGUUCAGUCUGGACUGGGCUGAAGGCAGAACCAACCAGGACAUCCAGUUCCUGCUUCCAUUCACCUUCAGAGAGCUGAAUGUGCUGAGAGAGGAGAAGUUCAGCUUGAUGGAACUAGUUCAUGGAUUCUUCUCUGAAACCAAAGGAAUCUGCAGCUUUGAAGAGUUCCAGGUCGCGUUCAUCUUUGACGGUCUGGAUGAGUGUCGACUUCCUCUGGACUUCCACAACCCUACAAUCGUCAGUGACCCCAGAAGGUCCACCUCAGUGGACGUGCUGCUGACAAACCUCAUCAGGGGGAAGCUGCUUCCUUCUGCUCGUCUCUGGAUCACCACACGACCCGCAGCAGCCAAUCAGAUCCCUCCUUACUGUGUUGACAUGGUGACAGAAGUCAGAGGGUUCACUGACCCACAGAAGGAGGAAUACUUCAGGAAGAGGUUCAGAGAAGAGAGGCAGACCAGCAGGAUCAUCUCCCACAUCAAGAAAUCACGCAGCCUCCACAUCAUGUGCCACAUCCCAGUCUUCUGCUGGAUCACUGCUACGGUCCUGGAGAAAGUCCUGAAAACCAGAGACGGGAGAAAGCUACCCAAGACCCUGACUGAGAUGUACAUCCACUUCCUGGUGGUCCAGGCCAAACUGAAGAAGAUCAAGUAUGACGGAGGAACUGAGACGGAUCCACACUGGAGUCCAGAGAGCAGGAAGAUGGUGGAGUCUCUGGGAAAACUGGCUUUUGAGCAGCUGAAGAAAGGAAACCUGAUCUUCUAUGAACCAGACCUGAGAGAGUGUGGCAUCAAUGUCAGAGAGGCUUCAGUGUACUCAGGAGUGUUCACCCAGAUCUUUAGAGAGGAGAGCAGCCUGUACCAGGACCAGGUCUUCUGCUUCAUCCAUCUGAGUGUUCAGGAGUUUCUGGCUGCUCUUCAUGUCCAUCAAACCUUCAUGAACUCUGGAGUCAACCUGCUGGAAGAUCAGACAACCUCUCACACAUCUAAAACACGUAAAGAAGUUCAGGAGGAGGAUGAAGAUGAAGAUGAAGAUGAAGAUGAGGAUGAGGAUGAAGAUGAGGAUGAAGAUGAAGAUGAAGAGGAAGAUGAGGAUGAAGAUGAUGAAGAUGAAAUUGAGGAUGAGGGUGAAGUAGAAGAAUGUGAAGAUGAAUUUAAAAAUUCUGAAGAUGAAGAAGAUGAUGAUGAAGAAGAUGAUGAUGAUGAUAAUGAUGAUUAUUAUUAUGAAUAUGAUGAGGAUUAUUAUGAUGGAUGUGAUGAUGAUGAAGAUGAUGAAGAUGCAGAGACUCGCCUCUAUCACCGUUCUUUAACUUAUUUCUAUCAGACAGCUGUGGACAAGGCCUUACCGUGUCCCAACGGACACCUGGACUUGUUCCUGCGCUUCCUCCUGGGUCUUUCAGUGGAGACCAAUCAGACUCUCCUACGAGGUCUGGCGACAUCAAACCAAAGAAGUUCACAGAACAAUCAGAAAAUCAUCAAAUACAUCAAGAAGAAGAUCAGUGGGGACCUGUCUGCAGAGAGAAGCAUCAACCUGUUCCACUGUCUGAAUGAACUGAACGAUCGUUCUCUGGUGGAGGAAGUUCAACGGUCCCUUAUGUCUGGAAGUCUCUCCACAGAUGAACUGUCUCCUGCUCAGUGGUCGGCUCUGGUCUUCAUCUUACUGUCAUCAGGAGAUCUGGAGGUGUUUGACCUGAAGAAGUUCUCAGCUUCAGAGAAGGCUCUACGGAGGCUUCUGCCGGUGGUCCAAGCCUCCAAGAAAGUUCUACUGAGUGGCUGCAACCUCUCAGGGGACAUCUGUCCAGUUCUGUCCUCAGUUCUCAGCUCUCCGUCCUCCAGUCUGACAGAACUGGACCUGAGCAACAACGACCUGCAGGAUUCUGGACUGGAGAAGCUGUGUCCUGGACUGGAGAGUCCACACUGUAAACUGGAGUCUCUCAGCAGGACACUUGUGCAGAGACCAUGCAGCAGACCUGUGUUGUGUGUCUGCAGGCUGUCAGGCUGUAUGAUCUCAGAGAAAGGAAGUGCUUCUCUGGUCUCAGCUCUGACCUCCAACCCCUCCCACCUGAGAGAGCUGGACCUGAGCUACAACCAUCCAGGGGAGUCAGCAGGGGAGCUUCUGUCUUCUGGACUGGAGGAUCCACACUGGAGGCUGGACACUCUCAGGGUUGAGCCUUCUGGACAACGAUGGUUGACACCAGGUCUGAGGAAGUAUUCCUGUCAACUCACCAUUGACACAAACACAGUCAACAACGAAAUCGAACUGUUUGAUGACAAAAGGAAGAUGAUACAUGUGGAGGAGGAUCAGUCAUAUCUUGAUCAUCCAGACAGGUUUGAUGAGAUUCCUCAGCUGCUGUGUAGAGAAGUUCUGACGGGUCGCUGUUACUGGGAGGUCCAGUGGAGCGGAGCUGUUUCUGUAUCAGUGAGUUACAGAAGAAUCAGGAGGAGAGGAAACUCUGAUGACUGUAGGUUUGGAAGAAACGAUCAUUCCUGGAGUCUGGACUGUUAUCCAGGUGGUCAGUACCGUGUCUAUCACAAUGACAGAUACACAUCCAUCCCCUCCUCAUCUUCAUGUUCAGCCUCUGGCAGAGCAGCAGUGUACGUGGACGUUCCUGCUGGAACUCUGUCUUUCUAUGAAGUCGUCUCUGACAGACUGAUCCACCUCCACACCUUCAACACCACCUUCACUGAACCUCUCUGUCCUGGAUUUGGACUCUCGUCCUGGUUAGGUUCCUCAGUGUCUCUGUGUCCAGUUUAGUCUCAAGUGUCCUGUCAGAGAAACUGUCUCUGUUGGAUCCCGGACUUGGACUCUGGUUCUGGUUCCUCAGUGUCUCGAUGAUGAUGAUGAUGAUGAUGAUGAUGAUGAUGAUGAUGAUGAAGAAGACGUUGAUCACCGUUUUUCUUUAGUUUUUUGGUUUGUUGUGUUUUUAUUGGAUCUUUGUCACAUUUAAACAUUAAAUAAUUUACUGGAUUGUUGAUGAUUGAUCAUAAUUAGAUUUUUAUCUCAUUAUUCUUGUUUUAUUCUUGAUUCUGUCUCUAAAUGUUUUUAUUUUUGACUUCACGUUUAAAUUCUUAGAAUACUUUCACGGACCACUGGGUUUACGCAAAUCAUUGACAUUUUCUAUUGAGUAUGCGGCGUAUACCUGCGUAUCACGUAGACUACGCCACUGGUAUAAAAUCCAGGCAGGCACAGUUUUGUUUUUGUUUAUAUCUCAUUAUACGCCCCCUUCAAGUGGUACCAAUCAAUCACAUGAAAUUUGUGACACAGACGGCGUCGGUGCUCGUCCUCUCCCGCCCUCACUCUCCCCAUUAAUCCCUUUCACGGAUCCACGGAUGAGGGCACAAUGGGCACAGUGCUUAGAUUUGGUUUUACGGACAGCACAGAGUUCUUUUGCCACAUAAAUAAAAAGAAGAAGCACGGCGUGGCUGCUCAGUCUAUAAUCAGUUUCUUAAGGAAAGGUUUAUUUACUGCUUAAAAACAUGAGGUACAUAUCCUAAGUUUAGGGAUAAAUGGAUCUGGUCCAGUAUUGUCGUACCAAUAGGAGAAAAAAAUAUGUACAGGACUGUCUCAGAAAAUUAGACUAUUGUGAUAAAUUUCUUUAUUUUCUGUAAUGCAAUUAAAAAAAACAAAAAUAAAUACAUUCUGGAUUCAUUACUAAUCAACUGAAAUAUUGCCAGCCUUUUAUUAUUUAAAUAUUGCUGAUGAUGGCUUACAGUUUAAGAUUAAGAUCUGGUUUUGCAUUGCUGCAGCCCAUUCCAUCUUCACUCUCCCCUCCCCUUCCAUCCUCCUUGUCUUUCCCCCAUUAUAGCACUUUAACUUUAAACCCUCAGCACUUUAAUCGUAACCAGGGGCCUCAUCUAUAAAGCUUGCUUGCGCAGAAAAAGCGCCUGAAAGUUGCGGAAGCCACCUUCUACGCAAAUCCUCGGAUCUAAAAAGAAAAAACUAACCGAAAAAUCUGCGUAUCUUUACGGCAACUCGGACCCUCCCGUAAGAAUUUACUUAAGACACGGGGAACUGGCGACGCAGGGAUUGAGGUGGUGAAAUGAAGCCAGAUUCAUGUCAUACUCUUUAUAAUGUCAUCACACAUCACAACAUAUAUCAGACUUAAAAUAAUAAAAUAAUAAAAUAAAAUAAAAUAGCGCUGAUCGUGUUCCUCUGUGUGAAGCUCAGUCAGUCAGGACUCUGGUGCUGCUGGAGCUGCAGCCUCUUCUUCACCCGCUUUAGGACAGAACAAAUGAGGGGCUGCGUUUAGGGAGCCCCACGGAGCCCCUAAAGGGACUCCGAUUUUUUUUCAUAUAUAUGAGUUUUACGCGCGCGUGAAACCUUUACGUGCAGGUGU